UUCAGAAUUCAUUCGAGAAACGAGAACAUUGUGAGAAAGAAAGGAAGAUGGGAAUGUCUACCACGAAGUAUGACACCGUAUGGUCUCUAAAAGGUCCAAGUUUUUAUGGAAGAUUCACUGCUGCAUAUUCCAUUUACAGCUACGUCCGCCCAAUACAUCGAUGGUUUUGAGGUCAUCCACGACAUGUUUCUCCUACGCCGGCACUGCGAAGAACCAACGGUAUUUCUGGAAGUGUGGAAGUAUUGCACGCUAUCGUCCAAUCGUCUCCGCAUCAUAUGAAUGAAUUGGUCGAAUCCCGUGGACAAGCAAUGUGCUUCAAGCUUAGUGGAGUGUGCCAGUGAAGGUGAUAGUGACAGUGUUGAACUAUGUGCAAACUGGCACCGCUUCUUUGGUGGAGUGCCUUCCUCUCAAGGGUUUUCGCUCAGGAUGACUCUCUGGCAGGAGAUUUCUUCACAGGUUUGCUGGAUACAAUCACUAGCACAGCCAACUCGAAAGACUGUCCAGGAGUAUGUAUGCACGCUUUAGCCACCCUUAUAUGCUACGAUGUGUUAGAGGACGUCCCAUGUCCAUCGCCAUCCAUGAAAUGUUGUGUGGAUGUCCCACCAUCGAACACCACUGAUAAGGGAAGUUUUUAUUCCAAUUCUUCAAUGAUAACGUCGACGACGACAGAGAUGACAACGACAGAACUGAUAACGACGACGACGCCUGCACCAGAAACAAAGUCACCAGAGAAGGAACCCGCCCUUAAGCAAAACUCGAACAACAAGACGACCAAUAAUAAACAACAGCAGAGCGUGAAGACAUGCCGAGGGUUUUGCAUGGCAGAACGGAUAUCAGACUAUUGCGAAGCUAUUCUCGAUGCCCCCGAUCUGUGCAAGCCAGGGCUGAGGUGUUGCGUAUCUAGCGAUGCUUACGGGGAAAAAGCCCCUCCCAACUUGAUCAUUCCGAGCAAGACGAAAAACAACCAUUCGAUGACGGAAAUAACGACAAGCAGACCUACACUGACAACAACUUCAUAUCCUGUUCGAGAAAUCACAGCUCCUCCAACAAGGCCUACAAGACCUCCAAAACCUUGCAGGGGUGAAUGUAUCAGUGGUAUUCUAGCCAUAAUAUGUGACGAUAUAGAUUCAGAAGCCGAGUGUCCGAACGAAGGAACGUGUUGUGUUGCAUCAGCUUUGGACAGCUCGCCUACGACUACUACAACGCAUAGAACCACAACGAUUGACUCCAGACCACGUUGUCCUGGAUAUUGUUUGGUGAACAUCAUGGCUGCCUUCUGCGAAAGACCUUCAGUUUUGAUACCACACACCUCCAACUGUAAAAAGGGAUCUGUGUGCUGCGAUAACACAAGAACGGCUGUCACAAAACCUAAACCGAGGCCUCACAAUCCCACUCCUUCAACAACAACAACUGUUGAUCCCAGACCAGAAUGUCCUGGUUCCUGUAUUGUGUCAUACCUCAGUUUCACAUGCUUCAGAAACGCUGAAAUGACUGAUGUAUUCAAAUGCAGAAAAUCAGGCACCAAAUGCUGCGCUCCCAAGUCUCUAAUCAAGGAAGCCAUCAGUGGCAAAGACGAAGCAACUGAAAAAGAAAGCACAGUUCCACCAAAACCAAGCUACACAACACAAAAACCUGCAACGGAAGUAACUUCUACAGAGGUGUCCAAGACGAGCGCAAGCAGUGGAAGACCAUUGGUGUACUCUAAAUAUGUCUGUGGUGUCAAAGGGACGUCGAGAGUAGGAAGAGUUGUAGGUGGUGAAGAUGGUGAUGAAGGAGAAUGGUGUUGGCAGGUUGCUCUGAUAAACUCUCUGAAUCAAUAUUUGUGCGGAGCGGCCCUGAUUGGUACUCAGUGGGUUCUCACUGCAGCCCAUUGCGUUACUAAUAUCGUGAGAUCUGGUGACGCAAUUUAUGUCCGUGUAGGGGACCAUGACCUCACAAGAAAAUAUGGUAGUCCUGGUGCCCAAACACUAAGGGUGGCCACAACGUACAUCCACCACAACCACAACAGUCAAACAUUAGAUAACGACAUAGCUCUUCUGAAACUGCACGGUCAAGCAGAGCUCAAAGAAGGCGUUUGUCUUGUAUGUUUACCAGCAAGGGGCGUCAGUCAUGCUGCUGGUAAAAGAUGUACUGUCACAGGGUAUGGUUAUAUGGGAGAAGCAGGUCCUAUACCUUUGAGAGUGAGAGAAGCUGAAAUACCGAUAGUUAGCGAUGCCGAAUGUAUAAGAAAAGUGAAUGCUGUUACUGAGAAAAUAUUCAUACUUCCUGCUAGCAGUUUUUGUGCAGGCGGUGAGGAGGGCAAUGAUGCAUGUCAGGGUGAUGGUGGCGGUCCGCUGGUUUGUCAAGAUGAUGGUUUUUACGAAUUGGCUGGAUUGGUAUCAUGGGGUUUCGGUUGCGGAAGGGUGGACGUCCCUGGAGUAUAUGUUAAGGUCUCUUCGUUCAUUGGAUGGAUUAAUCAAAUAAUAAGUGUUAAUAAUUUAUAAAUUCUAUUUAUCCCUAUAGAAAACCAAAAAGAAAAAAAUUAUCUUUCCAUUCAAUUUAUUUAUUUUUUUAGUCAAUAAAAUCCAUAAUUUAAGUGUACAUAUUUAAAAACAUAUACCAAUCACAACAUCACAUGAUCGUGAAAUUGUUACCAAAUGAGUAUUUGCACUGAACUGCCGGUUUAUCAUAAUUAUCAUUCCCAAUGUAAAAUUCUUGUAAAAUAAAAAUAUUUUUCUGUCUUCAGUUAA